AUGAACCGCGUCAAAGCCGGUCGCAAAAAGGCCGAAGGCGGUGCCAGAUCGUUGAUCCCCUGUAUAGUCUUCCUCAUUUCCGCCGCAUGCGUCAUAUUGGUCAUUUCAUACACUGGCGCAAACAUCGCCACGAAACCAUCAUCCGCGCAGCCCGGCGCAAAGAACCCGCGCGGAGGGGGGGAAAGCGCGGACGUCAUGGAGGAAGGGGGAGGGGAGGGGGAUGAAGGGGGGGAAAUCUCGUUCGUAAAGGGCGGCGUAGGCGCGGCGCCGUUCCUUCCGGAUUUCGAUCUGAGCCGUCCCGUGGAGCACGGGCCGAAGGGGAAGCGGUUGAGUAAAGAGGAGCAGGAGUACGUGAGCGCGGAGGCGGAAUACCAGAUGCGGCUGGCGCGCCGCAACGAGCUGACGGGCGGAAAGCGCCCCGAGCCGCCGUUCCCGCGGUGGAAGCCGGGCAAGAUUAAGGAGGUCUUCCUCACGCCCACCUACCCCUGCAAGCGCGCCGAGCGCCUGGGAGGGGUCGGGGCGGACGGCGAGGGGGGAAAGUAUACCUCUGAAAUUUCCGCCCGCGUCCCUGUCCCGCCCCGCCCCCGCCCCUGUCCCGCCUCGCCCCCACCUCUGUUCCCCCUCGCCCCCGCCCAUGUUCCCCCUCGCCCCUGCCUGUCACCCCUUCUGACAGUGGGUGUGCAAUAUUCGGAAACUGAGAGGGGGAGGCAGGCGACCCAUCCCCAUGCCUCUGACCUCCCCACCCCCGUCCGUGUCCCCACGCCCCUGUUGCCCCUCGCCCCCAUCCCUGUCCCCCUCCGCCCCGUCUCUGUCCCCACGUUCGCCAGUGGUGUGGGGAGUGAAGGAGAAACCUCCUUUGAGCAGGCAGUGAGGGAGGGCUUGCGCACCAAGGCGUUCACCUUCGACCCGUGCCAUGCCCCUUUCAUUCCCUUCCCCCCUUUGCAGCGUUGGCACGUCGGCAGUGCAGGAGAGACCUCGUUUGAGCAGGCAGUACGGGAGCGCCUGCGCACCAAGGCGUUCACCUUCGAUCCGUUUCUGGACGACCAGCAGGCAGCAGCGCUGCGAGCCAAGCACCUGCUGCGCUACAUCCCCAUCGGGCUGGGCGCGGGGAAACAGCUCUCUGCUUUAAGGCGGGGGGCGCCGGGGAAGCGGUUUGCCACGCUGGCCCAGCUUAUGGGGAAGCUGAACCACUCGCACAUUGACGUGCUUAAGAUUGACUGUGAGCGCUGUGAGGAGCGGCUGAUGGAGGAUCUGCUCAACACGUUUGGCAAGGAGAAUCCGCCAGCAGAACAAAUCUUAGUGGAGAUUCACCAGAUUCGCCACGUGGCCAGGACCACCCAAGUCCUCUUCCCAUUGGAGGACAUGGGUUACCGCCUCUUCAAUGCAGAGGCCAACCCACGCUGUUUGAUUUGGUUUGCCGUUGACUUGCUUCCCCGGCUUACCUAG